AUGGAGUGCAACAAGGAAGAGGCCUGUAGGGCAAAAACAUUAGCAGAGGAAUUGAUGCAGAAAUGUGAUUUCGUUGGGGCUAAGAAGCUUGUAAUGAAGGCUCAGAGUCUCUUCUCAGGUCUUCACAGCUUACCACAAAUGCUAGCCGUAUGCGAUGUACAUUGUUCUGCAGAGGAGAAAAUCAGUGGUCUUGAGAACUGGUACGGUAUUCUUCAAGCUAUGCAUUUCUCUGACGACGCAACGAUCAAGAAGCAGUACAAGAAGCUCGCGUUGCUUCUCCAUCCUGACAAGAACCAGUUUCCCGGUGCAGAGGCUGCUUUCAAGUUGAUUGGGGAAGCAAACAGAUUGCUCACUGACAAGGAGAAACGGACUCAGUAUGAUAUCAAGCGGAGAAUCCAUGCACGGAUUGCUAGCAGACAGUUGAGUGCAAACUCAGGUCUACAGUCUGCAGCUACAAACAAUGCCAGUGACAGUGUUACGUUUUGGGCAUGUUGCAAGCAUUGUGGCGAGAGGUAUAAGUACUUGAGGCAAUAUGUGAACACGAUUAUGUGCUGUUCCAAAUGUAAAAGAUCCUUCAUGGCAUUUGACACUGGAUUUUGUGGAGAGCCGCCUAAUUCAAGCACUGGUCAAAAAGAAGUUAGAAAUCAGGAGCCGCCGUGUAGCACAUCUGUGAAUACAAAUCAGGAGUCUACUGGUGCUCAACCAGGAGGUGUAGCAGCUGAGGUGGAUAAGCAAGAAUCUUUCAAAGAAAAAUUCAACGAGAAGAAUGGAGGAGGUGAGAAUGAAAAUGCUGAGGUAAGAAAACACAAACCAGAGGACGGAUUGAUGGAGAGUUGUGGCAAAUCAAGCAAGCCAGAGAAAGGUGAGCGAAAGAUGAAGAAUACGGCUGAACUACACAAGCCACAACCUGAGGUUACAGAACCAGAAACAGGUGCUUCUAAAUCUGUACCUGAUGAAUCAGUUUCAAUGAGUGAUCAAGCACACUCUACGAGCAAGGGCAAAAGAAGGAGGAGACACAUUGUUGAGGAAACUACGGGAAAACAAAAUUUAGGUGUUAGAUCAUCUAAACGUUUUGACUGUGGUGAUGCUCCUGCCCCGUCAGAUGUAAAUUCUGGAUUCCAAGAAACCUCGUCAACCAAAGACAAAAAGAGUAAAGGAUGUGAAGCACGUGGAGAAGGGAUGGAUAUGGCGGGCAAGAUUGACCCUAACCACAAAGCUAGUGAGAAGCCUAUCAAGCAGGAGUCACCUGAUCCAGACUUCAACAAUUUUGAACUGACAACGAGCUGUUUUGCUGUCAACCAAGUGUGGUCUCUGUAUGAUCCGACUGAUGGUAUGCCUCGGUUGUAUGCUCGAAUAGAAAAAGUGUUUGAUUCUGAGUUCAAGCUGGGGAUUACGUGGAUUGACCCUUUGCAGGAUAAUAAAGGUAACACUAUUCCCAUUGCUUGCGGAGCCUUCAAAGAUGGGGAUUCACAGGAAAUGGCCUUGGAGUGGCCUAUCUGGGGAAAGUGGAAGGGUUUGUUUCUCUAUUUCGCAGACAGGCACAGUAUGGAGUUCUCCAACUUCAAGUUCCACCAAGCGAGAUACUUAGAUUUUCUCAUAAAGUCCCGUCAUUCAAAAUGA